CUCGACUAAUGGAAUACAGAAAAACAAUCGUGUUGAUAGAUACAUGCAUUUUUCCUUCCUUGCCUGCAUUUCCCAUGGCGCCUGUUAUUGCGCUGAUUAAAAGGGGGACAUCUUAACUGAUUUUUAAAUUCUCUUGGUUUUAGCAACGUAUUUUACUCUUGUUUGUAUUUUUAAAUUUUAUUUCCUUCUCAACCGGCCAUGACCGUGGAGCAGAAUGUCCUCCAGCAACAUUCUCAGAAGCACCAACAGACACUACUGAACCAGCUGAGAGAAGUCACUGGAACCACAGAUGUCCAGCUCCUGCAACAGGCCCUGCAGGUCAGCAACGGUGACCUCGCGGAGGCUGUGGCCUUUCUGACCGAGAAGAACGCUAAGGUCCCCCAGCAGGAUGAAACCACAUACUACCAGACAGCCCAGGUCGGGAAUGACCGAUACAUCAGUGUGGGCAGCCAGGCUGAUACAAAUGUCAUUGAUCUGACUGGAGAUGACAAGGACGACCUUCAAAGGGCCAUUGCUCUCAGUCUGGAGGAGUCCAACCGGGCCUUCAGGGAGACUGGGAUCACGGACGAAGAGCAAGCCAUCAGCAGAGUUCUGGAGGCUAGCAUAGCGGAGAACAAGGCCAGCUUGAAGCGGACCCACACAGAGGUGUGGAGUGACUCGCCCAACCCCCACGAGAGAAAGCGGCUGGAGAACUGUCCCGUGGGCCUGAAAAAUGUGGGGAACACGUGCUGGUUCAGCGCUGUCAUCCAGUCCCUCUUUAACCUGCUGGAGUUCCAGAGGCUGGUGCUGCACUACUCUCCCCCAGCACGUGUCCAGGACCUGCCACGAAACCAGAAGGAACACAGGAACCUGCCCUUCAUGCAGGAGCUAAGGCACCUUUUCUCCCUGAUGGUGGGGUCCAAGCGGAAGUAUGUGGACCCCUCCAGGGCAGUGGAGAUCCUCAAAGACGCCUUUAAGUCCAGCGAGUCUCAGCAGCAGGACGUGAGUGAGUUCACGCACAAACUGCUGGACUGGCUGGAGGACGCUUUUCAGAUGAAGGCCGAAGAGGACAGGGAGGGAGAGAAGCCAAAGAAUCCAAUGGUGGAGCUGUUCUAUGGUCGUUUCCUGGCUGUGGGUGUCCUUGAAGGAAAAAAGUUUGAGAACUCGGAAAUGUUUGGUCAGUACCCCCUCCAAGUAAAUGGCUUUAAGGAUCUCCACGAGUGCCUGGAGGCGGCCAUGAUCGAGGGCGAGAUCGAGUCCCUACACUCGGAGAACUCUGCAAAGUCUGGACAAGAGCACUGGUUCACCGAGCUUCCGCCCGUUCUGACCUUUGAGCUGUCCAGAUUUGAAUUCAAUCAGGCGUUGGGCCGACCGGAGAAGAUCCACAACAAGCUGGAGUUUCCCUCCAUGCUCUACAUGGACAGGUACAUGGACAGGAACAGGGACAUCACCCGCAUUAAACGUGAGGAGAUCCGGAGGCUGAAGGAACACCUGACACUGCUCCAGCAGCGUCUGGAGAGAUAUCUGAGUUAUGGGUCGGGCCCCAAGAGGUUCCCCCUGGCAGACGUGCUGCAGUAUGCCAUGGAGUUUGCCUCCAGUAAGCCUGUGUGCACCUCACCUGUGGAGGACAUCGAUACUGCAGCACCACCCGGUGGCACUACAGCGCAACUGCAGCCGGCACCAAGCACAGCAGACCAAGGCCCGUCGAGUUUGCCCGAGACCCCUGCCAGCGGGCCCCAGCUGCGGGUGUCCAUCCACAAGCCCUUCACGCAGUCACGGCUCCCGCCCGACCUGCCCAUGCACCCGGCGCCCCGCCACAUCACGGAAGAGGAGCUGCGGGUGCUGGAGGGCUGCCUCCACCGCUGGAGGAGUGAGGUGGAGACCGACACGCGGGACCUGCAGGCAAGCAUCUCCAGAAUUCACAGGACCAUUGAGCUCAUGUACUCUGACAAGACAAUGAUGCAGGUCCCAUACCGGCUGCACGCGGUCUUGGUCCACGAGGGCCAGGCCAAUGCCGGACACUACUGGGCCUACAUCUACAACCCACACCACCGUCGCUGGAUGAAGUACAACGAUAUCGCCGUCACCAAGUCGUCAUGGGAGGAGCUGAUGCGCGACUCUUUUGGGGGCUACAGGAAUGCUAGUGCCUACUGCCUCAUGUACAUCAAUGACAAAAAGCCCUUCUUAAUAGAAGAGGAAUUCGACAAGGAGACGGGGCAAAUGCUGAGCGGUCUGGACAAGCUCCCUCCGGACCUGAAGGAGUACGUGAAGGAGGACAACCAGCUGUUUGAGAAGGAGCUGGAGGAGUGGGACGCCCUGCAGGCCCGCAAGGCUCAGCACGAGAAGCUUCCGGCCACAGCCGCAGCGUCAUCCUGUCAGCCAAUGAGCACUGAGCCCGCCCCCCAAGAGAGCACAGCCCCUCAGCAGGAGCCGGAGUACAUGGAGCAGCCCUCCCCCACCGACGACUCCAAACACCUGAAGGAGGACAUGGAGAGGGCCAUCUCCAAGGCUGCAGCCGAGCAGGAGGAGGAGAGGAGCCCGGAGGCCCUGCUAGCCGCGCCCGCUUGCGAUGGCACACCCACAUCCUCUUCCCCUGACCCCACAGGCGUGUCAAACCCUCGCCAAACCCCUCCCCCUGAUCACCAGGCAGAGGCGGCCACUCCCCCGCCCCCCUCUGCUCACCGCAUGGUUGAGGUGGCCAUCCCCCAUGUUGGCACCUUCAUCAUAGAGACAGAGGAGGGGGGGUACGAUGACGAGGCAAUGCUGACCCCAAACAUGCAGGGUAUUAUACUGGCCAUUGGCAAAGCCGGGAGUGUGUACGAAAAGAGUGGCCCCGAGGCGGCCUUCUUCAAGGCUAUCAAGGUGGAGUACGCUCGCCUGCUGCGAUUCGCUCAGGAGGACACUGCCCCUGAGAAUGACCACCGGCUGCAGCAUGUGAUCGUCUACUUCAUCCAGAACCAGGCUCCCAAGAAGAUCCUGGAGAGGACUCUGCUCAUGCAGUUUGCCGAUCGCAACCUGGGCUUUGAUGAACGAUGUAAGAACAUCAUGAAAGUUGCACGUGCGAAACUAGACCUUAUAAAGCCAGAUGAAGUGAACAUGGAAGAAUAUGAGAUGUGGCACCAGGAAUACCGGAAUUUCCGGGAGACGACCAUCUUCCUGAUGAUUGGCCUGGAACUUUUUCAAAAGAGGAGCUAUGUGGAAGCUUUGAUGUACCUGAUCUACUCCUAUCAGUACAACAGAGAGCUGCUCUCCAAAGGCCCUUACCGUGGCCAUGACGAGGAGCUGAUAGGCCAUUACAGGAGAGAGUGCCUGUUGAAACUGAACGAGCAUGCGACGGCCUUGUUUGAGUCCGGGGAGGAGCCGGAGGUGAACAGCGGUCUGAACAUCAUGAAUGAGCUGGUGGUGCCCUGCAUCCCCCUGCUUCUGGUGGACGAAUCGGAGGAGAAGGACUUGGUGGCAGUGGAGGACAUGAGGAACCGCUGGUGCUCCUACCUGGGGCAGGAGAUGGAGCCCCACCUCCAGGAGAAGCUGACUGACUUCCUUCCCAAGCUGCUUGACUGCUCGACCGAGAUCAAAAGCUUCCAUGACCCGCCCAAGCUGCCCUCGUAUUCAACCCUGGAACUGUGCGAGCGCUUCAGCCGUGUCAUGACCUCCCUGAGCCGGACACCUGCUGACGGGAGAUGAGCUGUGCGCCAACCCAACCCCUCACCACCCACCCCCCGC